GAUGCACAGGCCGAGGAAGAGAUCAAGCAGGAGAUGAACACAUUACAACAGAAGCUAAAUGAGCAGCAGAGUGUACUUCAGCGUAUUGCUGCUCCCAACAUGAAGGCCAUGGAAAAGCUGGAAAGUGUUCGUGACAAGUUCCAGGAGACUUCAGAUGAGUUUGAGGCAGCACGAAAGCGAGCAAAGAAGGCCAAGCAGGCGUUUGAACAGAUUAAGAAGGAGCGUUUUGACCGUUUCAAUGCCUGUUUUGAAUCUGUGGCUACCAACAUUGAUGAGAUCUAUAAGGCUCUGUCCCGCAAUAGCAGUGCCCAGGCAUUCCUGGGCCCUGAGAACCCUGAAGAGCCCUACUUGGAUGGUAUCAACUACAAUUGUGUGGCUCCUGGCAAACGCUUUCGGCCUAUGGAUAACUUGUCAGGUGGAGAAAAGACAGUGGCAGCACUGGCCUUGCUGUUUGCCAUCCAUAGCUACAAGCCAGCCCCCUUCUUUGUCCUGGAUGAGAUUGAUGCUGCUUUGGAUAACACCAACAUCGGCAAGGUGGCAAAUUACAUCAAGGAGCAGUCGACUUGCAACUUCCAGGCCAUUGUCAUCUCCCUGAAGGAGGAAUUCUACACCAAGGCUGAAAGCCUCAUCGGAGUCUAUCCUGAGCAAGGGGACUGUGUGAUCAGCAAAGUCUUGACCUUCGACCUCACCAAGUACCCAGAUGCCAACCCCAACCCCAAUGAGCAGUAACAGUACUGCCCUCUCACCCUAUAUGGAUCCCUAAGCCUCCCCCUCCCAAUCUCUGGAUAAUUUAGAUCCCAGUCUUCCCCUCCCUCCUGGCCCCUUUGGUGUAGUCAUGGGAUUUAGGUACAGCUAUCAAACAUGAAGAGGAACAGAGGUGAUGUUAGGUCUAUCUGGAGGCAAAUAUCCUGAGCUACAGGUACAAGGAACAUCCUCGCCUCUGAAAGGAGGUGCUGAGCUGAGGUAGCCUAAGUUGAACAGGGCCAUCUGUCCAUCAUCCCAUCCUUUCCUGGACCUCUCCCUCUUUACUCAUCAUCAUAGAUCUCUUGGGCCCCUUGACCAUAGUGUGUGUGGUGGUGUAUAUGUGCGUGCGUGCGUGCGUGCGUGCGUGCGUGCGUGUGUGUGUGUGUUUGUGUGUGUGUGUGUGUGUGUUUGCAAAAUAAGUCAUUUGAGACCUGUUUUAGAAGGAACCUAGGCUGAAUUUGAUUGAAAGAGAGCUUAGGAUGACAACACCCCAGAUAUGGGCAAAGGUACUCAGGACCUCAUAAGAGUCUU